CCUGACAACCGCUCUAGUAAAAAGAGCACAUUUUGCUUUCAACGAGAACGCACGCGUUUUUCACCCAUGCCGUUUUCUCGCGUUAAUGAGUUAAUUUGGUAUUCACAAUGCCAAAAGAAGGAAAACAGAAGAAGUAUCGUGUCGAUUGGACGCAAAGAGCCGCCAUGUCGGCGAAAAUCAGACAGAACGACGCUCUUCACAGAGAAGAGCGAGAGUCCAGAAGGGAGCAGUUUAAUUUUCUGCUUCCCCCCGGAAUGACCCUCCCGCUGCAACAUCGUGUAGAGGAGCAGACCAGAGCUCUCAGCCGGCCUCACGACAAGGCGGUUUUAACGAAACGACCAGUGACGCAGAAGCGCAGGGACGGAAGGAAAAAGCCGUACGGAUCGUCAUGGCGGGUCGGUGACGGAGAGUUCACGGACGACGAUCGGAGCCCCAGCCGGGACAGACAGGGACAGGACAGGCACGGUUCAGGACAGCUGAAGUCGUGUCAACAAGGCACAUCUUACGCUUCUUUUAAGACCGCUGUGUCAAAGCGAACGCGCACAGUAAAACGCAGAGACAGAAGGAGGCAACCAUACAACUCCUCAUGA